CCGCUGCGCCCGGGUUGGCUCCGGGCUGGUCCCGCCCACGGCCAGCCAUGGCGACUCCGCUCCGGCUCGGCUCAGCGCUGGCCCUGGUCACAGGUGCGGGAAGCGGCAUCGGCCGAGCCGUCAGUGUGCGCCUAGCCCGAGAGGGGGCCGCCGUGGCCGCCUGCGACUUGGACGGGGCAGCGGCACGGGAGACUGUGCGGCUGCUGGGCGGGCCUGGGAGCGAGAAGGGGGCGCCCCGUGGGGCCCACGCUGCCUUCCAGGCUGACGUGUCGGAGGCCGGGGCCGCCAGGCGCCUGCUGGAGCAAGUGCAGGCCUGCUUUUCUCGCCCGCCGUCUGUCGUCGUGUCCUGUGCGGGCAUUACUAGGGAUGAGUUUCUGCUCCACAUGUCUGAGGAUGACUGGGACAAAGUCAUAGCUGUCAACCUCAAGGGUAUCUUUCUCAUCACUCAGGCUGCAGCCCAAGCCCUGGUGUCCAGUGGUUGUCAUGGCUCCAUCAUCAACAUCAGUAGCAUCGUAGGGAAGGUGGGGAACCUGGGACAAACAAACUACUCAGCAUCCAAGGCUGGCGUGAUUGGGCUGACCCACACUGUGGCCCGGGAACUUGGCAGACAUGGGAUCCGCUGUAACUCUGUCCUUCCAGGGUUCAUUGCAACACCCAUGACACAGAAAGUGCCACAGAAAGUGCUGGACAAGGUGACUGGAAUGAUCCCGAUGGGACACCUGGGGAACCCUGAGGAUGUGGCAGAUGUGGUCGCAUUCUUGGCAUCUGACGACAGUGGAUACAUCACCGGGGCCUCAGUGGAAGUCACUGGAGGACUCUUCAUGUAACUGCCUCAAGGACCCUGGACUCUGCGCGCCCCCCACCACUCUGCGGCCUCCUGCUGACGAGGACUCCAAGUUCCCAGGCUACAAAAGAGGUGGCAGUGUAUGGCUCAGGAAUGCUGAAUAUGGGAGGCAGGGGUGCUUGUGACCUUAAUAAAUUCCAAAUCCUCUUC